CUCCCACCUUCUCUCCUCUUAAUCAUUUAGCUCAUUUGCCUCGUGUUGCUUUAUCUUCAUCUCGUUCUUCAUCAUUACCCCACCUCCAUCUAUCAUCAUCUGGUUCUUCUCUUGAUCCUCCACUUCACCUCUCCCAACUAAAUCCGGGCGAAGAAUCGAGAUACAUAGAUGCACAAAUAGUUGUAGAAAAGGCCGAUUUUAAAAUAUAGAGGGUCUUCGUUGAGGAGUGAGCACUAGGGAAAGGUGAUCAGAGGUGCAAAAUUCCUUGAUAGCUUUAUUUCCAUCAGAGCUAGAAAAGAAGAGCAAGAAGGAAGGAGUUCAGGGGAUAGAUAUAUUGUGAAGAGGGGUGGACAAUUGAAGGAAUACAAUGCAACGGUAGAAUUCUACUGGACACCAUUGCUUCUGGAAUCAAACGCAGACAAUCCAUUGAAGCAUAGAGUGGAUGAUCGAAUUGUUCGGAAAGGUUCCAUCGAUAAACACGCACAACAUUGGAAGGGUGUUGACAUUUUGGUGCUUCAUACUUAUCUUUGGUGGUUUAAAGAUGAAUACUUCAAGAUACUAUUAAAAGGAUCAUUUGAAGAUGAGAUGAAAGAGACUACAUAUAUGCUCUCUGAAGAUGCUUACCGAUUGGGUUUGGGGAGCAUGUUGAAAUGGGUCAACGAGAACAUCGAUCCAAAACAAACAAGAGUCUUUUUUACUGGCAUGUCACCUACACAUGGAAUGAGUGUUGAAUGGGGAGGUGAUCGAAAUGGCAAUUGUUUCAACCAAACAAGUAUGAUACAAGACCUAAAUUACAAAGGACCAAAAUCUUGGGAAAAGACGUUACGAGUAAUUGACGAGGUUCUUAGUGAGUCCAAUGGGGUGGUAAUAACAUAUCUCAACAUUACAAAGCUCUCAAAUUAUAGGAAAGAUGGUCACACAUCUAUUUAUAAGAAGCAAUGGGGGCCUUUGACUCCAGAGCAACUAGCGAACCCGGUAAGCUACGCUGAUUGUAUUCAUUGGUGUUUGCCCGGAGUUCAAGACACAUGGAAUGAGUUAUUGUUUGCUAAACUUUUUUAUCCUUGAAACUCAAGACAGUUGUAUUAUAUUUAUGGUGUAUAUUAUUAACAACUUUUUCCUUUUCAUAUAAAUAUUUUGGUUUCUAGACAUCUUUGUAAUGAAUGUGAGUUAGUUUGACAUGGAGAACAUUUUCCACACAAAUAGUGUAAUUUUAUACCUCUAAACAUUCAACAACAAGACAUUAUGCAUGUUUUAAC